GAGAUCUUCGGGACGAUGCACACAUUGUGGUUUUCACCGGAUGGGGAGUAUCUUGCUUUCUUGAAGUUUAAUGAGACGGAAGUGCGCUUUACAUUCAUGUUUUCUAUUAAACCCAAUGGGGUUGAUACUAAGCUAGGUGAAUAUAGGUACCAACAUAUACCAUACCAUACUACAUAGCUAGGCAACAGGUUACCCCACCUUACCCCGUUGAGCUCCGUAUCAAGUAUCCUAAAACAGGAGAGAAAAACCCCACGGUUACCUUUCAUCUUCUUGAGGUUAACAAGCCGUCUGCCCUGAGAAAGAUUAACGUUCAGGCUUACACUCCGGAUAACUUGAUCAUUUCCGAGGUUGCCUGGGUGGCAGAGAAGCAUGAGAGUGUCAUCAUCCGCGCGCGGAACAGGGUACAAGAUAUGGAAAAGUUGGUUUUGGUUGAUGUUGAGAGCGGUAAUGCACGGGUUGUGAGGGAGAGGGAUGGUACGGAUGGGUGGUUGGAGAAUUAUCUUGCUAUCACUU